AUGUCUCGUGCCCCCGUUGCCGAUUUUGUUGAUUCUUUCUUCACACGUACCCUCUUCCAGGCCGACGACGACUCGCUCGCGGUCUCGGUGCUAGAUGAAGAGCUGGCUCCAAAUAUUGAGAUUGUGAUCAACGGAACGAGUUUUACAAAAGCAGCAUUUACUACCCUUAUUACUACUCAAUUUCGCACGGCCUUCGUCUCAUCUAUCAUUGAGAUUAAAGACUUGAACAUUGCGACUACAAAUAGCUUUGGGUCUACAGGUGUUGUUGCGCAAUGGACAGAAUAUCUGACAAUAGGAAAGGAGGAUCGGAAGGAGCUCAAGCAGAGUGCAACAACGAUCGUGAGGGUUGAAGAGCUUCAUGGGAAACGUGUAAUCACUGGACUUUGGGAGGCGCAGACCUCGGAUUGA